AUGAGUGUGCAUUCACGUGUAUACAAAAACAAGACGAAUAGACGUAUUUGAAAGUGUAUUUCAAAUAAGAAUGAACAAAUCUAGUGAAAGGUUUGUAAAUUAAGUGCAUAUCGGUACGGUAGGUUGACCCCUCAAUGCAUUAAAACGCGUUAUGAAAGGGAAAAAAACUACAUCAACCAUAAAGCUGCAAUGGGCGUCAUUUUACGGCAAGCGAAAGAGGAACUGCAGGGCGGGUGCGCGCACGUAAGUGUUGGCAGACAAAGUGCUGAUGAGACAACGAAAGCAUGAACUGUUUCGAUAUAAUUCUACUGCAUCGAUCUCAAGGAUCUGGAAUCAAAGAAGGCAGGACAAUGCCGACAAGGACACAUUAAACGUAGAUGCAAGAUAAAAAAAAAGCUCACACAUUUAGUCAGUAGUGCACCCCAAGGGACAGCAUUUCAGAUCAGAGGGCAUUUAAUAAAGUUAUAUUUGUUUUGUACACUUUUUCAGAGGCAUUGCCAACUAGUAUUCAGCUCAUCAGUCUACUAGCUGGUCUUUGAAAGCCUGCCUCAACCCGCUUCACAUUACUGAAUAUUAUAUCUAGCUUUUAUCCAGGACACUACAGAGGCAAAUAUCAAACAAGGGUCUACCUCAUCAUAAACAGAAAAUCAAAUAAUUCCUCAGUUCUACUGAUGUAAAACCGUUUUAAACAAAACAGCCACGACUUCCUGUCACCGAACACAAUACACUCAAAGAAAGCAAACAUACUGACAUCAUUAUAGUCCAGGAAUUCCCAGGGCAACACAGUGCACAUUCCGUACGGGUCAAGGUUAGGGUCAGGUUCAACACCCUACACACACUCCUCACAGCAUUCCCACAAUCCUCCUCUCCUCUUUCCCCACCCCAACAACAACCGACACUUUCAAUGGAGCAGCGUGGAGCCUGUAUCCCCCAUCCACUCAACGUCAGCUGACUGGCUGACUUCACAUCUCCUACACACGACUGCAUGUCCUCUCUGACAUUACGAAACUCUUCCUUGUGACCUCCGGUCGCCAUGGCGUCAGUGCGCUUCACGGUGACGCCCACCAAGGCCGAGGAUGUGCCGGGGCUGUCGGACACGUCGCCGGACAUCAGCCUGCGCUCCAGCAGCCGCGUCCACUUCGGCUCUCGGGACAGCAUCAGCCGCAGCGAGCCGCAGAGCGAGGGACUCCCGGGGGGCGAGACGCCCGACCACUGCCACUCGGAACAAGGUGAUGGCAAGGUCUCUAGUGUGUACAUCAAUAAUUCCCACGGGCUGGACGAUGAUGACUUCUACGAUAGAAACCUGGCCCUGUUUGAGGAGGAGAUGGACACCCGGCCCAAGGUGUCGUCUCUGCUCAGUCGCCUGGUCAACUACACCAACCUCACCCAGGGGGCCAAGGAGCACGAGGAGGCCGAGUGCAUCGGAGACAAGCGCAAGCCUGGCAAGUCUCCUCAGAUGGGCACGUUCAUGGGCGUCUACCUGCCCUGCCUGCAGAACAUCUUCGGUGUGAUCCUCUUCCUCAGGCUCACAUGGGUGGUGGGCUGCGCCGGGGUCCUGCAGGCUCUUUGCAUCAUCUUCAUCUGCUGCUGCUGUACCCUGCUAACUGCUAUCUCCAUGAGUGCCAUUGCCACAAAUGGAGUCGUACCAGCUGGGGGUUCGUACUUCAUGAUCUCGCGGUCACUGGGCCCUGAGUUUGGGGGAGCCGUGGGUCUCUGCUUCUACCUGGGCACCACCUUCGCAGGGGCCAUGUACAUCCUGGGAGCCAUCGAGAUUCUGCUGCUGUACAUUGCUCCGCGCGUGGCGGUGUUUGUGGCGUCGGACCCAGACGGCGAGCAGGCGGCCAUGCUGAACAACAUGCGACUCUACGGCUCCCUCUGUCUGUUGCUCAUGGCGCUGCUCGUCUUUGUGGGCGUCAAGUACGUCAACAAGCUGGCCUCUGUCUUCCUGGCCUGCGUGGUCAUCUCCAUCCUCUCCAUCUACACUGGCGCCCUCGUCUCCGCCUUCAGCCCGCCCAAGUUCCCGGUGUGUAUGGUAGGUAAGCGCUCCAUCUCCGGCCAUGGGAUCAACCUGCAGCAAGAGUGCAGCAAGACGGUUCAGCUGCCGCCUCCGCCCGAACCGUCGCUCUCACCGGCCAUCACCGAGAUGUCACCGACGGCUACAGCCGGCAGCUACGGCAACCUGUCGCUGUUCGAGGCGGAGAACGGAACGCUGGCCUCGCCCCUGACGACCCGGGCGCCGGUGGAGAGGUUCUCGCUGCUAUGGCAACGUUUCUGCAACAGCAGCUCGGAGGCCAACGCCUCGUGCGACUACUUCCUGCAGAACAACGUCAGCCUCCUAGAGGGCAUCCCCGGACUGGCCAGCGGAGUUAUCAAAGAGAACCUUUGGAGUGCGUACCUCACUAAGGGGGAGGUGCUUGAGCGGGACUCUGGCCCCUCCCCCGACACCGCAGCCCAGCAGCCCAGCCACCUGCCGUACAUCUUCGCCGACCUCACCACCUCCUUCACCGUGUUAGUGGGCAUCUUCUUCCCUUCCGUCACAGGCAUCAUGGCGGGCUCUAAUCGCUCGGGGGAUCUUAAAGAUGCUCAGCGCUCCAUCCCCAUUGGCACCAUACUGGCCAUACUCACUACAUCCUUCGUCUACCUGAGCUGUGUGGUGCUUUUCGGGGCCUGCGUGGAUGGCGUGGUGCUACGAGACAAGUUCGGAGACUCUGUAAAUGGCAACCUAGUGGUGGGCACCCUCUCCUGGCCCUCCCCCUGGGUCAUCGUGAUUGGCUCCUUUUUCUCGACGUGCGGCGCUGGCCUCCAAUCACUGACAGGCGCACCCCGCCUUUUGCAGGCUAUUGCUAAGGACAACAUCAUCCCCUUCCUGAGGGUCUUUGGACAUGGUAAGGCCAAUGGUGAACCCACAUGGGCUCUGGUGCUGACUGCUGUGAUCGCUGAGAUGGGGAUCCUCAUUGCCUCUCUGGACCUUGUGGCACCGAUCCUCUCCAUGUUCUUCUUGAUGUGUUAUCUGUUUGUGAAUCUGGCCUGUGCGCUACAGACGCUGCUCAGAACCCCCAACUGGAGGCCGCGCUUCUCCUACUACCACUGGGCUCUGUCUUUCUUGGGCAUGACUAUUUGCCUGGCACUGAUGUUUAUAUCGUCAUGGUACUAUGCCAUUGUUGCCAUGGCGAUCGCAGGCAUGAUCUACAAGUACAUUGAGUACCACGGGGCAGAGAAGGAGUGGGGUGAUGGCAUCAGAGGUCUGUCUCUCAGCGCUGCCCGCUUUGCCCUUCUCAGACUGGAGGAGGGACUCCCUCACACUAAAAACUGGAGACCUCAGCUGCUGGUGCUGUUGAAGCUGGAUGAGGAUGCCCAUGUGAAAUCCCCGCGGCUGCUGACGUUUGCUGCCCAGCUGAAGGCGGGCAAGGGCCUGACCAUCGUGGGCACCGUCCUCUGCGGAAACUUCCUGCAGAACUAUGGAGAGGCGCUGGCCGCCGAGCAGACUCUGAAGCAUCUGAUGGAGAAGGAGCGGGUGAAGGGCUUCUGCCAGUGCAUUGUGGCCCAGAAGCCCCGCGAGGGCAUUAGUCACAUGAUCCAGUCCAGCGGCCUGGGGGGCAUGAGGCACAACACGGUGGUCAUGGGCUGGCCGGAGGCCUGGAGGCAGAACGAAGAUCCGCAGGCCUGGAAGACCUUCAUCAACACGGUGCGGGUGACCACGGCGGCCCAUCUGGCGCUGCUGGUGCCCAAGAACAUCUCCUUCUUCCCCACCAGCAGCGAGCCCUGCACCGAGGGCACCAUAGACGUCUGGUGGAUCGUACAUGACGGGGGUAUGCUGAUGCUGCUGCCCUUCCUGCUGCGCCAGCACAAGGUGUGGCGUAAAUGUUCCAUGCGUAUCUUCACCGUGGCUCAGAUGGAAGACAACUCCAUUCAGAUGAAGAAAGACUUGGCCACCUUCCUCUACCAGCUGCGGAUAGAGGCCUUCGUUGAGGUGGUGGAAAUGCAUGACAGUGACAUCAGUGCUUACACCUACGAGCGAACUCUGAUGAUGGAGCAGCGUUCCGAGAUGCUCCGGCAGAUGCGCCUCUCCAAGGCCGACCGCGAGAAGGAGGCUCAGCUGGUGAAGGAUCGUAACUCCAUGCUGCGCUUAGCCAGCAUCGGCUCAGAUGAUGAUGACGACACGGAUGGGGGUUCAGGGGGAACAGGAGGAGGAGGAGGAGGAGGAGUUGGUGGGGACAGUGGGGAGCGGAGCAAGGGAGCGGCGUCGGGGGCGGAGAACCAGCGAGUGCACAUGACCUGGACCAAAGAGAGGGCACAGCGGGUCUUCAUGCAGACACAGACAUACACACACUCGGGCUGCAGCACGCCCGAGGGCUUCAGAGACAUGCUCAGCAUUAGGCCGGACCACUCCAACGUACGGCGUAUGCACACAGCAGUGAAGCUCAAUGAGGUCAUCGUCAACAAGUCCCAUGAUGCUCGGCUGGUUCUUCUCAACAUGCCCGGUCCGCCCAGAAACCCCGACGGAGAUGAGAACUACAUGGAGUUUUUGGAGGUACUCACAGAAGGGCUGGAACGCGUCCUAUUGGUCAGGGGAGGAGGAAGUGAGGUCAUCACCAUCUACUCCUGAUUGAAAAGCAAGAGGGAAAUGUCCAUUUUAAUUGCCAACAGUGAGGGAGUGAAAGGGAGGUGUAACUAGCAGGGGAUGCCCCCCCCCCCCCCUCAAAUAAUCAAAACCCAACCCACAGUAUGGACAACUUUCAUUUGCCAUAGUUAUUGCACACACACACCCCCCCCCAGCUGGUCCAUAACCUUUUGGCCAUUAUUGCUGUCUCCUCUUACCAAUCCUUGUAAGAACACUUGAGAACAUUUAAAAAAGCCAAUCCACACCCCAUACCAUCCCAAUUCACCCCCUCAAAACAAGCAGUGUCUGAGUGUUAACAUUCGUUUUAUGUGCUGUUUGUGGACGUAGGCGUGUGUGUGUGUGUGUGUGUGUGUGUGUGUGUGUGUGUGUGUGAGAGAGAGAGUAUAUGCAUGGGUGGUGUAGGCCUAUGAGUGUAUCCUUUAAAGUAGUUGAUUGAAGGUGAGGUAAGAUUGAAGGAAAAUCAGGGACCAGUUGUGAGAUGACAGACAAAAGGGGGGUAUUGUGUGUGUGUGCGCGCAUGUGUGGUAUCUGUGGGGUGCGGUGUCGUGGACCAAUCGAUUAAACCACAUAAAACACAGUGGAACGGGGUGUGUGUUCCAUUGGAUUGACUCAGGAGUAGCUUCAGUAGGUUUGAUAUUGGACCUGGUGUGACCGUGUUUGUGUGUGUGUGUGCGUGUGUGUGUGUUUGAGCUAGUUUGGGGGUAGUAGUAUAUGUCGAGCCAUCAAUGUCAGCUCUGUGCACAGCUCUGUCAUCAAGAGGAAAAGACUGUGUUUUUGGUUGGUUUUUAGGUUAUGAGUGAAACAAAUGUGUGUGUGUGUGUGUGUGUGUGUGUGUGUGUGUGUGUGUGUGUUGCCCAAAAGGCAGUGGGGACAUUUUCUUUUUGAAAAGGGUAACAGUGUUGUAGCAAUAUAGAUCUGGCCUUGUUGCACAUUGGACCACAAUAGAGAGGACCAUCACAAAGCAUGCUGUUAAGUGUUCAAACUGUGGUCUGCAAAAUGUGUGUGUGUGUGUGUGUGUGUGUGUGUGUGUGUGUGUGUGUGUGUGUGUGUGUGUGUGUGUGUGUGUGUGUGUGUGUGUGUGUGUGUGUGUGUGUGUGAGAGAGAGAGAGCGAGGUAGUGAAAUUGCUUGUAUAAUCCAUAAUGGGCACAGUUAUCUGUGCACUGCUAUUUUCCUCGCUUGACACUUUCGCGGUCCUGUGCUGUUAAAUCCACCACCAAAACUAUACCUCCUUUGCCAUCGUCUCCUGGUGUCUCCUGCUUUGUGUGUGUGUGUGUGUGUGUGUGUGUGUGCGCGCGCUCGUGUGGGUGUGUGUCAGCUGCCUACAGCAUCGCUUGUGAACUCCGCUCAUAAACUAGAUAAAGAGGAGUGGGAAGGGGUCAUUUAUUCCACGAACCUUCGCGUCUCAGUGUUGUUCAUUUCAUGUGCAGGGACUGUAUUUUUUUCUUUGUUUCUUGGCUUGUAUAUACACAAGGAUGUCCCAGGUUUUAUCUUUUUUUUUUUUUAAUGCCAUCAGUUGAAAAUUGACAACUGCUUGAGAACUGGGAAUAAACAAUUUUGUGAAGAAA